GAGACUCCAGCUUUAAUCAGUACCAAAUGUUUGAAGGUCAACUUCGUAUUUAAACCAACAUUUUCGAUAAUAUACAUGUGCAAUGAUGGCAGCAUCGACCGUCGAGAUUCUUGAAACUAUGAUUGCGUCCAUUGGCCUCAGGUGGAGCCACGGUCGUAACCAGAGAAGCUGUGCAGUGACAAAAUGGCAAUGGAAUGUUGCUGCAAGAAGUGAACUUGUGAAGUGUUGUCGUUACAUUUUCCGUGGAAUUUCGCCUAAAUUUUCACUAAAUGCGGCCUACAAAUAACAUUUAAUAUAUAGUGAAUCGUGUCGGUGUUUGUGUGUGUUGGUUUUGGAUCAAUUUGUGCGGUUUCUUUGCGAAUUAUGUACCAUAUACUUUUAACAAUAGGUACAGUGGGUUCUAUUAUCUUGAAUAUAAAUCUCAAAAGUAAAAGAACGCGAAAGUAUAGGAUCAAUUCAUAAUUGAUUUUCCAGGUUAUUUCAUAUUUAUUGAUGAAGUUUUACAGGUAUCCGGUUGGUUUGUUAGUCAUGUAAACGGUGUCCAUGUCUCUAAAGAUUAUAAUCGAGUGGUGUACGCGGUGGCAACACUAACGACGGGGACGUUAUCAGUUAGACGACCACCCUUAGUGGCGGCGUCUACAUCAAUUAGAAAACCCUCAUCCUCGGCGGAGGAGGCAGCAUGACGAUGACAACCAGAUGGCAGUAUUGUGAACCCAGCCGGCUGCUUCUGCACGCCGUCAUUUUCCUAGCCUUCACUUGUCAUUGGUUCGCACUAGCAACAAUGCCAGGAGCAAGCAACGCCAAAUUUUAUACAAUUUAUUGGAAUUCGUCGAACCCCAUUUUUCGCAUCGACAAUACUGACAAUGUAAUUGACGUUAAUCGAAAUAACGUUAAAUUUGAAUAUGAUCAGGUCGACCUAAUUUGUCCGGUAUAUUCGCCUGGCACACGGGACGAAGAAAUAGAAAAAUAUAUAAUUUAUAACGUUUCCAAAGAAGAAUACGAAACGUGUAGGAUAACGAAUGCCAAUCCUAGGAUAAUAGCGGUUUGUGAUAAGCCAUAUAAACUUAUGUACUUUACCAUAACUUUUCGACCGUUCACCCCACAACCUGGAGGAUUAGAAUUCUUGCCAGGUCAAGAUUACUACUUCAUUUCCACAUCUACAAGCGAUGAUCCCCAUAGGAGGAUAGGAGGUCGCUGUACAACCCACAACAUGAAGAUAAUUUUUAAAGUGUGGGGACCUCCAUCAACACCCGCAACAGCUGUCCCCCCUCCAAUAACGGCGAAACCAUCUUGGUGGUCCGUACCAUCACCACGUACCACCACGUCCUCAACAACUUGGACGACUCCAACCACGGUGUCGUCAUCUACUACCACUAAGAAGUCUAAGACUUACAACAAACAUCCCAACGAAGUAGUGAAAAGUGAAGAAUUGACACUGGGAGGUGGUGCACCCACCGCCACCAAUUUAAUAGUGGUCGCGUGCUUGGCGGCGUUAUUUAUACGAUGAAAUUUUUGAUUAAUUCCCGAAAUUCGAGCUCAGAACCCUUCUGAUCAUAAACGAUAUAAAGAAAAUACUUGACAGCUCCUCAUACAUAUAUAUAUGAAAUUUCCGAACAUACCGCACCUGUUGGUUUUUUGGAUUAUAUUUCUGAGUAUAUCAAUAAGACUUUAUGUGUUCUGAUACCCCUUGCCGUAGGUUAUGACUCUUAUUAUGACCUAAAGUUAUUCUAAUUUAUAAACAAAAUUUGAGAUCCAUCGAUCGUCUAGGUACUUAUUGCGGCUCUAAAGAAUUGAUUUAAUAAAUACAAAAUUAUUUAUUGAAUUUGUAUAUAUAUAAGGCCUAAGCUGUGUGAAUAGUUAAUUUUAUAUUACAUCUGAUGAAUGUGUUUUGAGAAAGUUCAAUAAAUUUUCACAGUAUAGCAAACGUCAUAUGUCCAGCAUUGUUUGAACAUUUUGAUGAAUACAUUAUUAUUUGUCUCAAUAAGUUAUUAGAUAUCUGUGAGAGUUUACCAUAAUGAUGAACAAAAUAAUAUUCUUUGACAACUAUAAAAAUUUGGAAAGUUACAACCAUUUUUUUUUAAACCAGUUCUUUGGAUAGCUGUGAUAUUUCCAAGAUGCCUUAGGCAAAAACCCUGUAUAUAUAUUUGGUAACUAAUUCGUAAGAUAAAUUAUUUUUAGUCAUUGGAAUUUUACAAUUCCUAAUCUUUUAUUGAGACAUUUUACAAUGCAUUUCUCUAAUAUUAUGCCUAAUGUUAUUGUCAGGGUUGGUGUCAUUCUACAAAAACAGAUAUUUAUUUAAACUAAUUUUUAUCUCUAUUUAUAUCAUCAAAAUGUAAAUAUUGUUACACUCUUUUCAAUACUUCAAAAUAAUAUAGUUAUUUUUAAUUACAAAAUUUGAUGGAGGAUAAAAUAACAUAUACUUAAGACAAAUAUUUAUAAGUAUAGUAACAUUCAAUUUCAUUGUGCAGGCAAAUUUCCUAUUGUUGCAUUACAUGAUUUUUCACUCCUCAAAAAUGUAUUGUGUUCAAUGGCUAUUUCCAGGAAACUUUUUGCUUCAAAAAUCCACUUCCCCUUUAUAAUAUUUGUAAAAAGCGUUUAUAAAUUAAUGUUUAGUAAUUGUGAAAAAUUUCAAUAGGAUACAUCCUCGCAUUUAUUAUAUUUAUAAUAAUUGUAUAACAACAAUACAAGUCAUAAUUUUUUCAUAAUAUUUGUUAAAAAAAUUCGUCAUACAGUACAACCUAGAUAAAAUAAAGACCAAGGGCACCGUUAAAUAAUGUUAGUAAUGGAGGUUUUUACUUACUAAAGAUUUAAAUUUUUUUAAGGAGUUUUUAUUGGUUUAUAUUUUCACUUACAGAGGUUCGUUUAUGAGCUUUCUUUAGAACUUUAGAGAUAGACGAGCUAGGUUAAAUGCAAAUAAAACAUUGAAAGGUCAAUAUAUAUGUACAAAUACAUACUUACUUUAUUUUACAUUUAAAGGUACUUUUACUAAAGUCAAUUUUAUUCUACAUAAAAAAGUCUCCAAUUUUUUUUGUUUCAAACUAUUACAUUUUCUACAUCAAUUUUAUUUUCAAUAUUGAAAAAAUAAGAGAAAAUAUCAUCGUCUGCAAUACUGCAUAGUUCUAUAGAAGGUCCUAAAGUGUUAACAGCUCUCCUUCCUUCGCUGAUAGAUAUUGUUGAAGUUGGAUCUUGUGACUCGUUAUUUGAAUAAUCGACUAUAUCAUCGCUCUCAGUAUCAUGAAUAACGGUAUACAUUAUUUCUUCUUCUGUUAACGUUCCAGCUGUGGCUACUUAAUCAUCGCAUGUGCCAAAUUAUUCGAAAGUACUUUUAAUGUGAAACAUACACUUAUUCUAUUGCAUCUGUACUGGAAAACCACAAGCUUUAAAGCAGUUUAUCACUGAAUUGGAUGUUACAUUGCAACAUCCUAAUUACUUGCAACACAUUGAUAGAAGAAACUGUAUUUGGCUCCAUAUCAGUUAUCAUUUUUUUACACUUUCUUUUCUGCAAAAAGGUUUUGACAUUUUUGGUUAUAUCUUGAUUCAGCGGUCGAAUUUGUGAUCUUGUGUUUGCCGGCAUGUAUUGUAUGAAGAAAUUUUUUUUUUUUCGAUAGUCAUUUAUUUGUCUAUUUUAAUAAGCUAUUUUUAAAAAAGUUCUCUAGCUAUCCAUGCUUUUUAUUGGUUUCAUAGUCCAGAGGCAGUGAUCUGCAGCUCGCAAAGUAACGAGGUUUCUUUAAUUUACCAAUCAUUAUUGGCUUGAAAUUCUCUUUACCUGUAGAAUUUGCACAAAGCAGAAUCUUUAGUCGUUCCUUGCUAUGACUCUCUCGAUGACAUUUUCCAUUUUUAAAUGUCAAUGUUUUGUCAGAAGGGCAUUUGAAAAAUAGUCCCGUUUCGUCAGCGUUAAAAACGUAAUGAAGGUCGUAUUCAUUAAAUAAACUUUCCAAUUGACUGUUUCAUUCUGUGCAAAAUUCUUUACUUACGCUUGCACUUUCAUGAAGGCCAGAUUACGUCGUUUUCUGAAAAUUUCCAUUCAACAAUUACUAGCAUUACUUGCAUACUCUUCAGCUUUUCUCAUGUAUUACAAACUGGGCUUUCCUAUUCAAACUACAUUUCACUGUUUCGAUCGCUUUUAACUUCUUAGUUGUUAGUGUUUUCACUCACAGUGUGCAAAGAGAUGCUCUCGCAACAAAAGCUGAAAGCUACUGAUACAUACAUAUAAAUGAGUUAAUGUACUUAGACCUUAGAGUAUUUUGAAAUCAUUUGUUCAGCAUGUGUAAGCAAAACCAAUGGGAACAACAGGGAACCUUUUUUUGCAUAUUCAAUAAUGACUAUAUUUUAAGUAAAAGAGUUUUUGGACUCGCAUUUUAUGAAUUUAUAGAGGUAAUUACGUUGCCGAGGUUUAAUUUAUCAAAGUUUCCUUAUAUUUCAAACUAAUGUGGCGAAAUUUGAAAUGCAUUAUACAGCUUCAAGUGUGCAUAUUGAAAUUAAUUAUUUGAUAUUUUCCAUGUGAUAAAUAGAAGCAACAUUAUUAUCUUGAAGUUUUGAAAAUGUUAAAUUUUCGAACACUGUUUUUGUGUCUAGCAAUUUUGCUUUAAUGCAACGAUUUUAUUUAUUAGGUAUUACAAUAUAGACUGCUUUACAAAAAAGUGUGAUAUUUGAUACAACCCUGCACAUUCUAUAUUUUUAUUUUUGUCUUAUAUUAUUGCAAAUUAACUUACAAUUUCACAUAUAUCUUACUUUUAACAAUUAGUCUGCUUUAAAGAGGAUUUACAGAUAAUAGAGAUGACAAUCAUUCAAUAAACCAUUUAUUAGAAUGGUAUCAAUCACUGAAAUAUUAGUGUACUAUUAAAUAUAUUCUCUCAAAUAAAUGAAUGCCUAUUUAUAUUCGGGUAUUUUUUGUUACUAUUCCCUUUUUUGGUGUUUAUGUUUUGAAAUCAUAUCAAAAAUACUUUAUAAUAAAAACUGUAAUCUUUAGAACCUCCAAACAGUUUUUUAUUUAGUAUCUAGUUAUUUGAAUUGAUAUAUCUAUUAACAAUUUUUUAUUUGUUACUUCUUUUAAUAUUGCUAUCUAUAAUAAAGUUCACACAGAAAAAUAGAAGUUGGAUUUAAAUCAAUUGAUGUGAUAAUUAAAAAUAUUGGAGACACUAUAAGUCUACAAUACUAAAGAGAAAUAAUUGUGGAUAUCUAUGUGUAUGAAACUAUCAUUUGAAACUGAUCAAUCAAUGUGUGUUUCUAUUUUUGAAAAUCAAACGUUUUUAAGUUUCAUAAAAAUGUAGAUUAACACUCAAAUCACCAUUAGUAACGUAAGUAUAAAAAUUCUCAAGAACUUUUGCUAAAUAUAAAAAUGAUUAAAUAAAAAGUUGGCUACUGUUGAUUUUGUUAAUAUUUUGAUCACCAAUGAUCAAAUAUUUUCUCUUAGUCCUCGCUGCAUCCUAUCAACUAGAUAAAAUUUUAAUGAUGGAAGGCUAAUUUGAGCAUUGUUUGCAAAAUAUUGCAACAAAAAAAUAGCUGGAAUAAUUUAUAUUUUAUAGAAAAAAGACAUCGACAAGUUCUUAACACUUUCCAAUUUUGCCCCAUAAAAAAGAUAACUUAAGUGAAAAAGGUUAAGUAACUGAACAUGUUUAAAAUCAUCCAAUAUUGAAAUAUCCAUAAAUUUUACUUAUCAAAUAUUUUGACCAUUUAUAUAGAUUACUUAUCCAUUUUUUUGCCACUGCAACAAGUUUUAUAAUUGUAUUUGAUUUUGUUUGAAUAUUCUUGUAAAUGUCCAAUGAAAAUGUUUGCAAGGAUCAAUAAUCUUCCAUAAAUUUAAAGUUGGAUCCCAAAAAUUGUUAAAUAUUCCUAACAAAAUAUGUUCACCAACAACUACUGCUAUAAUUUACUCUUUAAUUUACAUUGUUUCAAUGUAUUAUUUCUUCACAGGUAUCCUAAAAUCUGAUUUGGCAAAUACAGUGUACAUAGAUUUAAACACUUACUGAUUGCCUGUAAAAAACUCUUACUAUUAUUAUUAAAAUAAAUGUUUCUGGCCCUCCCUCCCACAAGUUUUCAAAUUGUAAUACCCCAUUUUACAAAUCUGGGAUCCAUUAACUAAUUGACAACUAUUGUAUCCUCGAAUAUUGCCGCAACAAAUAGUUAAUACGAUAUUUAAACUGAGAAUUUCAAUAAAAUCAUUAACCUAAUUAAUUCCAAUUUUCUAGUGCAAAUUUCACUAAAACGUGACUAUAAAUUAUAAUUAACAUAACUGUUCCACUUGAUUCUCAAUCCACUCUAUGAUUACCCUUUUCUGUAAUUUUAUUACCAUCAAAAAAAAAUAAGUAUCAAAACAAUAGGGAGGUUUAGAAAAAUUGGAAAUUUUUGGAAAUAUUUAACAGAUUCGUUUGUAAUAAGAGCUCAAAUAGUCCACUUUUAUUAAUAACAAUGUGUAAAUCUAUUAUAUAUGGAUACAGCUGUUUUAAGCCAUGUCAAUAAACAUUUCAUUUUAAAUAAUCCUGAAGAAAAAAAAUCAUUUGGAGAUUAAUCUGGGGAUCUGGGUGUAGCCUCAUAAAAAAAUAAAAAAUAAUGCUAUUAUUAAAAAGUAUUUUCCAAAUAAUAUUUAACCUCUUAGUUAUUGUUAGCACAACAGCCUUGCUAAAACACAUCUAGAAAGGUUUUUAAGAAAGUUUUCUUCUCCAUUUUGAACCAUACUUUCAAAAAACUGCAUCUGUUUAAUCUCAAUAGGAAAUUGUUUCGAUUACAUUUUUUUGAAUUACAAUAUUUCAGCUGAUAGCUGUUUAAUUAAUGAAAGCUGAAGACCACUAUAGUCUGGUAAAGUAGAGUGGGAAUCUAAUGAAAAAGUUAAGUAUUACUUACACUGGAAAGUUGUAAUUAAGUUGGUUAAAGAUUUGAUACUGAUAUUCUAAUGCUUUGAACACAUGUUUUUCAAUAGUAUAUACUGGAUGAUGUCAAAAAUGAUUAUAUGAAAUACUCUACUUAAAUUGCAAUAACUUUCUUAAAAAUUUUCAAUUUUAUGAUGUAAAUCCAAAUUCAUAUUCCAUAAAAUUUGUGUGGCUUCCAAUGAAAUCGUUUUGUUACAUUUUGAUAUGAAUUUUCCAUAUUUGUUAUUAACCAUUAUUUGGAUUGAAAAUAGUAUAUUGUGCAAAUUGUGUAGAAAAUGAGUGUGAUAAGCCAAUAAAUCACGAGCCUGAGUGGUUUAUCAUCUUGUUACACAAGUAUGAAAUAUCCAGUUUCCACACGUGUUGAACAAUAUACUAUUCCGACGACAUACCUGAAAUACUUUAUGAACUUACGCAGAAAAUUGUGCAUUUUGGUUUAUUAGUACACAACUUCUGUGAUAGUUGAGGGAUGUAUUCAUUAUUCCGUGUAAGUCGUCGGAAAAUAUCUUACACUCCCACAUAUUAUUAUUUGAAAACAGCACAGUACAAUUUAUGAAGUAAUGUAGGUAUUACUAUUAAUAUGAGUAAUAAUUCACAUUAUCAUUUACUUUCAAAGAAUCCUCUAUGAAGCAAACUAUUAAAAUCACAAUAAACAUUACGUGUUUUGUGAAAGUAAUAACUAUUAUUAUAAAUAAUCUAUACUUUAUCUGUAAUGAAACGGUUCUAAUUAGUUAUUGUGUCAAUACAUUGAAUUAAACCCAUUAAAAGUUCAUUUAUUAUAAUCUAAUAAUAUCAAUCAACUACAAACAAAUUAUUAUUAACUACAAUAGUAAUGCAUUACAGCCAACUUUGGUUCUCAUCUACAAAUAGCAAUGGUUUGUAUUAAAGAAUAAAUUGGAAUAAAGGUUAAUGUAUACGGGGUGUUUGAAAUAUUUACAAUUUUUCACUAUGUAAAGAAACUUUUUAUUUAAAAUUGAAAGUAUUUCUAGCCCAUUUAUAAAAAAAGAAAAAUAUUCAAAUUAAUGAUCAGAUUCUAUACUAAUAUUUUUCAAUACAAGAUAUACCAAAAGUUUUUUUAUUUCAUCAGAUCUUUGGAAAUAAAUCUUAAUUACUUUCUCUACUUGUAACCUAUGCUACAACCUGAAAUUUUUGUAUCAAGCUAUAAAAGUUACUCAAUGUCAUUAUCUUCGCUACAUCUAUUUUCUAUCUCCAUCAAUAAUAACCACAUAUAGCAAGAUUCAAUCGAUUCCACCUGAUACUUUUUUAUCUCAAUAUUAUCCACAAUUUGAUUUUAGUUCAGUUAAUUAAAAUUUUGAAUUGAAUAAGCUUCCUUGUACAAACAAAUACAAUAGUUUCUUACUAUAUGUUAGUAAAUCGAUUUUAUUGAACUAAUUCAUUGAAGUUUGAAAUACAGAAUCUGUCGGAAAAACAUUAUGGGGGACUUUUCUUAUGAAAUUAGCCAUGAAAUAUUGUAGGUAUUGAAAAAUUAUCAAGUUUUGCUAUAGUACAAAGGAAAUUAUCAAUUUUCAAUAAUGAAAAUAGAUGAGAGAAUGAAUAUUUUAGACAUACGGAUUUUCCUAAUUAAGAUGUCUUCAAUAUUAAAUAUUGUUAUAGAAAUGUUCGUUUUAUAAGAAAAGUCUAGUAAGAGCCUUUGUUUGCUAGGUUUUAUCUUAAUGCAAAAUGAGUGGCCCAUAUCUGGUAGUGAUAAUUUAUCAGGAUAUAACCAAUUCUUUUUUUAUUUAUCAAAUAGUAUAAUAGUAUUCAAUAAAGUAUAAUUUGUUUGUAUGAUUGAAAUGAUAUGGUCAUACAAUUACCAGGUAUGUACAUAUCAGAUGUCUUUUAUUGUGAUUUGUAAUAAGUGGGCUAAUGUAUACUAGAAGAUUGAGAUUUUAUUUUGAAAUUGUUUUAACUAUUUUGAAGGAAAAUAGUCCAACAAAAACGUUAUUCCAAAGCUGGCUACCAAAUUAUUUCAUUAUUGGUAACAUAAAAUGUUAAUUAAACCAAGAGAAAAUAAUAUAUUGUUCAACUAGUGUGAAAUAUCCAGUUUACACAUUUGAUGUACUCGUAUACUAUAGUUUUUAGUCAAUCUAUAGGAACUAAAACUUUGCUUCAUUAUUGGAGUGAUUUCUUUUCACACUAGUGCAAAAUACACAAUUUUCCACACUAUUUCGUAAGGUGAAAUAUUAAGUAUUUCAUGCAAGUCAUUAUAACAUACGUUUAUGGAAAGUUACAUGUAUUGGGGAUUGAAAUUAAUUGAAAGCAGUUUCAGUAGCAUUGAAGACAUAACUCGAAAUAUUACUGUUUAGUUGGUUUUAAAAUAAAAUCACAGGGUAAAAAAGUAAAAAAUGGAAGAAUAUUUCCUUAAGCUGAAGAAAACGUUUUGAGGUAUGAUAUACUUCAGUAAAUUUUUCAUUGUAUCAAUCAAUUGAGAAUCUUAGUCUAAAUUUGGUAUGAUGCAAUAUAAAUAGGUGUAAAUAUAAAGUUAACUUUAAUGUCAAAAAGAAUCUAUGUAAUAUAGUUGCAAGUUAUCAAAUACGUUUAAAAAUUCUACAGUAUUGAAAAUAAUCUUAUUCUAUACUUAUAUAAAUGGUUUAAAACAAAUUUGAAAAAAAGCAAAGACAAUGAGGCUAUUUUACAAAUUUGGAAACUGAAAUAUUUAGUAGCGUCUUCACUCAAUCCAACGUCACCAAUAAUAUAAAGAGGUUACGAGUAAAAUAAAUUCGAGUGAAGAUGAAUGGAUAUCAAGUCAAUUUAUUGUUGUCUUAAGAUCAAAUAAUUUGAAAAGUUUAUAAAUGAAGCAUUUAAAACAUUUAUAAUAAUUCCAAUUAACAGCAAUAAAAGAUAUUAAAAUUUUUUUCAUCCAAAAUUUUCUUGAAUAUUAGAAAUAUGUUUAUUCUGCUUACUUUAUAGAAUUUAUUCAAUAUUCUCAUUGUUGUAUAUCAUGUUUCAAUAGGUUUAUGUAUACUGAUAUGUAAACUAAGAAUUUUUCUAUAAAUUUUUACCCAAUAGAUGCAGCUCUUAAUUUAAAUUAAUAUGAAAACAGUAAGAACAAUAAAUAUGAAAAAUAAAUUUACUAAUAAAAAAGGAAUCGCCAGGCUGUUGAAUAUUUUAUGUUGGAUUAAAAUGCUUUCAGAAUAGAAUCUCAUAAAUGGCCUAAAGUUUGAGUAGUGAGUAAAAUUUCAACGACCAAAUUUAGACAAUAUUUUUCAUUUAAUUGUCGUUUUGUUUGAAAGAAUUGGUGGUGUACAGUUUUGGUGUUGAUUGAACCCAAUAAUAAUAAUAAUAAUUUUUUAUGCGUAGUAAAAUAAAAUGAGCGCAUAGUGACCAAUUCCGAACUAAAAAAGAAGAAAAAAUGUGUAAAUGUUAUAUUUUUCGGUCAGUUGAUUGUUUCUUAGUAUAUAAACAGUGUUGAACAUUUGAAAUAACCGCGUAUUUGUAUAACUGUGAAGACUGAAACUAGUUUUUAUUGUGUUAUAUAUGAAGUAUUAUCCUUAUAGAGUUCGGCUACUGGCGUUUUUAGCUCUACCCUCCUUUUUGCAGAUUUUCAUGCAAGUACUUAUUUUUGUUUCAAUAAUGGUUGUGAUUUUAUUUUAUAUAAGACUAUUUGACCAUUUCAAACAUCUACAAAAAAAUAAUGGUUUAUAAGUUAAACUUAUGUAUAGUUUUUUCAAUCAUAUACAAAUUCACUCACUCAGUUUGGUUGUAAUGUUGUAGUGCAUGGAAAAAUUUGGAAAUUGUCAUCAAUAUUGUCUUACUUAUAAUUAUAAUCUAAAAAAUAUUUUUGUUGCUUUGUUUUUAAAACACUUCCAACAGAUUUGUUGUUGUGGAUCAAUUUACUAUCUAGAAUCUAAUGGAUUGAAGAGAUCAGUGUGAGAAAAAUGUCACCCUUCAGACUGGAAUUAUCAAAAUAGAGGAAAAAUUACCAGUGAACCUUAAGUGAAUACUACAAAAUGCAAUGAAAUUCUUAACAAGAAUUUGAAGGUUUUUAAUAGAUGAAUUUUGCAACUGGAAUUUUUGUGUGAAAUGGAUUCAUACACUUUUUACACUCAAUUGCAUCGUUUAGAAAGUUAAUCAUUGUUUGCCAACUUCUUUGAACACAAAAUAAAAAUUGGCAACAUCAUAAAAACCACAAAUAUUUUCCAUGGAGGCUUUUUUAAGCAAAUAAUUGGAAAAUUGGCGGUUAAGACCUAAGUAGGUAUGUAAAGACAAUUAUAAAAUCUUAUUGCCAAUGAAACGAACGAGAAAACUAAAAAAAAUCCAAACUUUUACAUCAUUGGAAAAAAAGUUCUGAUAAAAAUUAGCACAUCUACUGCUCUGGUACCCUUCCUAAUAAUUUUUACCUUACUACAUUCAAAUAGAAACAAAUAUAAACGAACCUCACUUACAAAUAGUUAUUAAAUUCUAUUGCUUUGUUUAUAUAUAGAGAUAGCUGAGAGCCGCUAUAUGUAAAAUCUUUGAAAAAAUAAGAAAUGGUGUCGAAAUAUUCGCUGCAAAAUAAUUUCACCUGGCAAACCCUGUUUGUAUGCCUAAAUUUUUCUUUUCCUCUAAAAUAAUCAUUCUUAUUUUUACAUCAGAAGACUGAAAUGAGGUUUUUUUUGCAGCUCUUCUAAUCCUUCAUCUAAACGACUUAUUAUGAGAGAUCUUCUUCAACCUAGCGAUGCAAAUCUUAAACGACGUUUUGCUAUCAGAUAUAUUUAAUCAGAUAAUAUUUAAACUAAAUAUUUAAACCACAUUAUUCAACUAAACGUUAUAAAGCCAUAGGUACAUUGGGGUGUAACAAUUUUAUUACAGAGAAGGCUUUUGUCUGACUUGAACAAUAUUGAAGAUUUUAAAAAUUUAAUUAAAAAAAUUUAAGGUGUCGCGAAACAUUUUACAAAACACAAUAGUGAGAAGUAUUCAAACUGCUCUAUCAACAUUCCAAAUUGUAUGUUAAUUGGUAAAACAGCUGAAAGAAGUUUUUAUUAUAAAAGUUGUGGAUACGGAAUGCAAUAUCCACUUGAAUCUGUUAAAUAAUGAUGAUUAAGUCCUCUUAUUAGAAUCUCUCUAAAAAAUUUCAAGUUAACUGUUACCAGAAAAUCUUGAUAUGUAUAAUAUUAAUGGUAUAUUACAAACAAAAACAUAAAAGGAACAUUCCUAUCUUUUCAUAUAUAGGAAUCAUACCAAUAAAAUUACAAAGACUGACAAAACCCUAAGAAUGCAUAAUAUAUUUUGUGGGGGAAAAAAAGGAAUCUACAAUAAAUGCUACCAGAAUAAUGUUUGUUAUGAAACAGAUAAUAAGCUUCUGGUUUGAACAUCUGGAAGGAAGAAACAGGAAAAAAGCUAAGGAGUGAUUGAAAUUGGAGUGUAACAAAAAAAUCAUACAAUGAAAUAAAAGAACUGUUCGUUGACAGAAAAAAAAUAUAAAUUGUGGAUAGGAGAAUUUAAAACAUUCAAUAAGUGAACGGGUUGUUUGUAACUUUAUUUUCAUAAUAAAAUUUCAUAAUAUAAAGAAAAAGUAAUUUUGUCGGUAAAAAAUAAUUGUCACAAUUAUUCAAAUUGACAUACUAUUAGUAUUAUUAGAGGAGUUCUCAGUAUACGCUAGUUCACUUAUGUUUCUGAAUCCUAGUUAGUAUUAACAUUAAAUUUAAAUGCAAUCAGGUUGACACUUCUUUAUAAUCCUUAAACUCUUGUGAGAAUAUCUAACUACAUAAUUUUCUUUUUCUCGUGCUUUUAGAUAACUCCACUGACCUUAAUACACCAAUAAUAGAAAAAAUAAAAGCAAAUUUAGACCUUUAAAAAAAUUUAUAAUAUAAGUGUGACUAUUGGUUAUGAAUUGUUUUUAUUUUAUUUGAAUAUCAAAAUAAACAGAAAUAAAAAAUGAUUUUGAUUAAUAAUUAAUAACUAAUAUCUACUACUUUUUUAGGUUCGAACAAUUUAAAAUAGUAUCAAUUUAAAAUUUCUUUGAAACGAGCUCUUAUAAAAGUAUGACAAAAUUGUUUAAAGUUCCUUCCAAAAAUUUUGUUUGUUGAGUGAGAGUAAAUGUAAAACCAUUUAUAAAAUACAAAUAAACAUUUAUACAUAGUUUUGUGAAUAUUACAUUCCAAAUGUUCCUAUAAAAUAUUUUCCUAUUGAAACGAAUUUAUUUAUAAAAUAUUGGAUAUUUGAAAUGGAUCAAUAUGUCUAAUCUGUACUUUUGUAAUUGUUUGUAUAGAGGUUGUAAUCCAAACGAAAUAUUUUUAAUAGUUUCCAUAAAUAUUCUCCAUUUAAUAGUUAAACUGAUAUAAGACUUCACUCUUCUUUUUAGUAGAAAAUACAAUUACUUUAUGUAGAUCAGCAAUUUUCAAUUCAACAAAUACUUUUUCCAUGAUUUGAAAUUGUGGUGGAAUCUAGACUCAAUUUAUAUACCUUCGUUUAAAAAUAAGCUAUAAAGCGGUAGUUUACAAAUUGUAGAAAAUAUAUGGUAACAUAGUGGACCUCAGGCCUCCGAGUAACCACAACCAAUUUAAGUCGAGGUUACUCGAACCUUAUCUAACCUAAUAUACCUUCACUACCUACAAAUGAUUAAAGAAGUUUUCAAAAAAAUCUUUUCAAGCCGUGAUAUAAUAAAGAUAAGAAAUAUUUUGGUAAAAUUUCAAUUCUAUUAAUUCUAUAAUGAUACACAGCAAAAGCAAGUUCAUAUAAAUUGCCAGGAAACAAUAUCAGAAAAUAAGGAGAUAGUGAACUGGCAUAAAUUCUAUAAGAAAAAGUACCAAGAAAUAUUUUUUAUGCAUGUACUUUCUAAGCUAUAAAUGAAAUUAUUUUCUUGAUUUUAUUAUUUUCCUGUGAGAAUUAGUAAAUACGAGCUGCUACAUAAAAUAAAGACAAAAAUGCUCAGAUGCAAUAUUAAUUAUGAGUGUAGAAUUACUUGAAUAAUUUAUUUUAAAUUGUAGAAAUUUCAAUGAGGAUUGUUAGGAAAUACUUAACAGGAAAUGAAACGGGCAUUACAUUAAAAAUGAAUAGUUCCUUAAAUAAAUACUGAAUUAUGGAAUAAAAAAUGGUGAAACUUUCAUAUAUUCACUGAAAUAAUGUUUCAUUCAAUUCAAUAUCACCAGUGAAUAUUUUAGAUACCUUUCAGGGAAUAAUUUGAUGGGUUACAAAUGUUGAAUAUUAAAUUCAAAGCCACUCCUCAACUCAAUUCUAGUGAAGAUUUUUAUUUAUGUUAACCACUAUGUUACUUUUUAAUACUUUAUAAUUUCCUGUCCGAUGUUUUGCCAAUAAACCAAAUUCAGCUAGUGUUUGAAUUAUAUGUAUCAUUGUAAACCCGCUUAAAAUAUUUGUAUCCAUAGAGUUUUAAUUUAUUAUUUAAUAAAAUUUGCCAUGUAUUAUUUCUUGCCAUUUUUUGAAAGAUGAUUUUAUACAGUUUAUAAACUUAACAAAACUGUUUUGUUUUUUCUAUCAAUUUUAAUGCAUUUGAAUUGUAUUUUUAGUAUAAAACAGCUGAUUUUCUCUUAUCAAGUAUUAAUAUUGGUAACAUUUUUGUAUUAAUGUUAUUAGAUUUUAGCUUUUUAAAUAGGCCAACAUAAGUUUUGAUAUUAAAUAUACAAGUACGACAUGCAAAUAAUAAGCGAAAAAUUUAUUCUGAAUGCUUUCUAUGAAGUAAAUAAUGUGCUAUACAAAUGAAUACAUUGGAUGAUAGUUUUUCAAAAAGCAAUGUACAUAUUAUAACCAUAAUUUUAAUAAUACAUUACUGAAAGAAUGGUAAUCUAAGAAAUGUGCAACUGUUUAUUAACUACGUUUCUCUCAAAAUAUCAGAGGAUUAAUUCUUUUUAUUUUGAUCAUCUACCAACUAGUACUCAAGUCUGCCAACGACUAGCUGUAGAGUUUUUACCCAGGGCUAAUUCUUUUCAUUUUUAUUGAAUUUUAAUCAUCAUCUUUUGCCCAUCACUUCAUCGGCGUUGACUUUAUAAUAUUGUAUCCAGAUGUGAUUAAACAUGUUUGACACAAAGAGCCAAAGCUAACAACAAAUAGAAAAUAUGUGGUGCUUUGCUUAUAAAAAAUAUUCGAAUUUUAAAUCGUUUGAUACAUAAACUUAUUUAGCGAUUUAGUAUUUCAGAUAAUUCUCCAUUCUGCACUAUUUAAUGUAGUGUUUACUGAGAAUAAGAUGCACUGAUAAAACAAACAAUAUAUUAUUCUGCCUGUCUUGUUAAAAGUAGAAACUAUACCAAAUAACAAUUCCAAACCGUAAAGAAAACACUAAAAUCUGAUAGACAAAGCAGAAGACCAUUUAGCAAGUGAACAACAUUAAAAAUUAUGUAGGACAGGGGUAGGAGAACUUUCACUAUGUUUACAAGAGUCCGUAGAAAUGCGUUAAAUUAAGGUUGUGCUGCAAUAGCAUAGGUCUACAUUUUAAAAGAGCUUUUUUUAGGUUAUAUUUAUAAAAUAAUUUUACGCUUCACUAACAAUUGAGCUUUUCACUAAUCCAGUCACAAUAAAAAUUUUCAGGUUUAAUACCUACCAUACAUUAUAUCUGCUCAAACUAUGAGUUUGAUAUCUAAAAAAAAUCGAUGUUUUUCCCAAUUUUAUUCCAUCGGUUUUGUUCUAAAAACGGUAAGUUGGCUAGACAGUAAUUCACACAUUUUUUAAUUCAUAAGUGUAUUUAGGAUUUUCAACUAUUGUACUGAUCUAAAUAUGUACUACUUUAAUUCAAUGGCAAAAAUUUCAUUUUUCGAGAGCAUAUCUUAAUAUCUGUUUCUGGCAUCAUUAGCAGCAGCCAAUGCUGUGAUGAAAUAUAACUUUAUGAAGCGAGGAUCUCAAAUAAUCGCCUAGACUAAAAGCUUUAAUAUAUCUUCAAUAUCUUACAACUCAUCAUUUUACACUAGAGAUGGGCAAUAUGUCGAUUAAUACCGUAUCGAUGUUUUUAAACAAAAUCGAUUUAUGCAGAACAAAAAAUAUCGAUCGAAUUUACACUGAUACUCUAAUAGCUGUGGAUGAAUAUUAGUAAUAGGUAUUGAUUUUUCCAAAUAAUAAUAUCGAUAUUACGAUAUUUUAUUAGUGUUAUUCUGGUAGUUUUGAACUGUAAUUUAUAGCAUACAUCUGGAUACUUUCUCAACUUUUCCACAUAAGAGAUAAUUCUCCUUACCUCUUCACUCCGAAAUAAUAUGAAUAACUAAGACCGACACAUUGUAAAUAAAUUAUUAUAUAAAACUAAAUACGUUAUAGGAACAACAGUACAACGCCAACUAGUGAAUUUAAACACAAUGAUUACGUUUUGGACAUGAACAUUAUACAAAACGACCCAAUUCUGUAGUCAACAUGGACGAAGAAUAUAAAUCUACCUACAUCAAAUAUAGAGCAGAUGAUGAUAACUCCUGUAGAUUGUUUUUCGAUAUCCCAUUGGGAAUCUAAGAUUAUUCUGGUGUGGAAGGUAUCUGAUUAUUGGGUUCACAUUCAUUUUCAAAAUUGAAUGUUUUGAAAACUUCUGGUGACUUAGAGUAUUUAUUUGUUUCCAAAUCUAAUCUACUUCUUUCUCACCUUUAUUCUAACUAAUGUAUUGUUAAAAUUAUCUAGAUGCUUUCGUUGAUUGGGUUAAUUUUGUAAUUUAAUAUUUUUCUGGUCGUUCCAACUUUAGCGGUUCUAUUUAUUUCCGUCGUCGUAAAAAGUGUGAAAAUAUGUUAAAAUACUGAAUCCAUAUUUUCAGAAUACUGGUUACUUUUGGCAUAUAAAAAAUUCAUUGAACCUUUGCUUUAUAGAAAAUGUUCAAAUUAAAUUAAUGCUAAAUACUAAAACUAACACAACAAAAAGUUUUGAUUCACCAUGUUGCUAAGAGAAUAUAUAAUAAUUGCACAAAUCUUUUGAAAGAUUAGAAUAUUUUUAAAAAUGAAAAUAUUAAUUUUUAUGCUGCCGACCCGUAGAAAAGUUAAUAAACAAUUUUCUCAAAAUCUUGACAAAACUCGCCACAAAUUUAAUUUCUACUGAAUAUUUUAAGCUUGUAAAUUUAAAAAUGUGCAAUUUUUUUUUCUUUAAAUGCCAAUUUUAUAUAGUUUAAUUGAAUGGUAGUGCUAAGUUGUACGAAUGCACUAAAUAGUGAACAUGCACUGGUAAGACAAAAUUGCUUCAUUAAAUCAAUAGGAUUAAAGUAUACUAAGUUAAUUCACUACUAUUUUUUUCAUAAAUGAGAAACAUAAUUGGAUGAUAGAAUAAUGAAAAUUUAUAAUAAAUAUGAUAAAAACUUCUAAAAUCAAUCAAAUUUAGUAGAUAUACUUCUCACAAAAUGGUUCGAUCUAGUCCAAUAAAUAUAGAAAAAAUGUUAUAACAUCUCCUAAUUCUAUUUUUCAAUAAAGUUCAUAAAACCACCACAUUUAUGAGAAAAAUAUUAGCAAAUAUAUUUAUUCUUGCUCUCUUAUUUUUGUUUUGUAUUUAAUAUAUUUAUUCCAGUUUAGUAUAAUUUUUCAAUUGCUAAAAACGUCAGUGAAUCAUUUGUGUCUAGAAAAGUAGGUUUAAAUAUAAUAAUCCGAUGUAAUAAGUUUACUUGCAAGCCAUAGUGAUAACUAUUAAUCCAUGACAAAAAAAAUCUGCUCGCAAUGGUUUAUCAUCUUUUCAGAAAGCAAUUCUUUGGUAUGACCAGUAUUUGUACAAAUAAAAUAUGUACUCUAUAGGUGAACUCGUCCAAAAAUAUCCCACAUACUUACCUGCAUGUAUUGAGUUUUGUGUGACUGGUCGAAUUUUUUAGAAAUUUUUUUAUUAUGGCAUUGUUUAAAUUAAAGUACUGGUUUUCUAAGCUAUUACAAAUUAAAUAACUUUGGCGAAGUUAUUGUAUUUUCCUGAGAACGCGAGAUAAGAAUUAAUUUCAAGAUAGAUGUAGUUUGACUUCUUUUUGGUGUAAAAAAUAAAUAGGUAUAUACCUAUAGUCAAUACUACUACUUGUUCAAGCACAUUUAACAAUGUUUAAUGUCUGCUUUGUUUUAUUUAAGUAUACUACUAUAAUUGUUUAGUAUACUUAAAUGAACAAUGCACUAAGGCCAUGUUAAUUUGUUGCAGGCUAUAGAUAUAAAGAGCACAGUACAUUGAUUUGAAUACAUGCUGGAUUUUAUGUCUCGGAUCAUUGUAAAUUAUGUUUCAUUAGUAUGAAUUAUUAUCUUUUAACUUAACAAAAUUGUAUUUAUAUUGGAUAUUUUUAUUACAAAAUUUUGUUGAAUAGAUGAACACAUUGUAUGUAUAAGAAUUGUAAAAUGCACUCUAUAUACAUAAUUAUAUAAAUAUACAUACAUGCC